CUUUGUUGCAGGACGUGUCACGACAGCCUCACUUUUGCAACUCGAAACUGUUAUUCGAGAUCCAAGGCAUCAACAAUCUAUACCACAGAAACCAUGGAUCCAGCAGACAUUCCACUGCCAGCUUUUCUAGACCCCCUUCUUGGUUUCCUCGCCGAGCAGCUUCCCCCACCUCUGUAUUCAUUUCUGCUUUCAUUUCUCUCGCACUCACUCGCAUUAUUUACGGCGCUUCUUUCGUUGAUCUCAUCCCUAAUUGCCUCUAAACCAUGGCAGUGGGAUGCACAGACCAUCAUUCCCCCUCUCAUCAGCUUCCUCGCCGCAUAUCUCGCACUAGUCAGCCUAUAUAGGACCACCAGUUGGAUGGUUAGAACCACUAUCUGGUUCAUCAAGUGGGGAACCAUCUUAGGAACGCUGACUGCAGGGCUGGGGUGGUACAUGGGACAGAGCGCGGGCGGGAACACAAGCAUCAUCUCCAGCUUAGGCGGAUUCAUUUGGGAUGUGCUGAAUGAGCCAGCCCAGUCCACUUCUAGUACUCAGCGUUCAUCGCGGUCACCCAAGACGCGUACGCAACACAAGUCAAAUGACCGCCCCAGAUCGUGGGAGUCCUUUGAAAAGCACAAGCAAUGGCAAUAUCAGGAACGCGACGGGAACCAGGAGGGGAAUGACGCUCAAAAGAUCAUGUCAAACAUCGCCAAGGCUGCUAAUCGCUUACUAGCGGAAGGUGGAUGGUGGGACGUAGCUCGGGGGAUUUUUGACGGGCCGAACUCCGAAGAUAAAGCAACCAGCGGUGACAACAGCAAGACGAAAAGUCAGAGUCGAUGAUACCUUGUUCGAGCGUAGUCACACUUAUA